AUGGGUCGCUCUCAGGAGCUCAGCAAAUUCAAGUGUGGUACCGUGAUAGGUUGUCACCAGUGCAAUAAGUCCAUCCGUGAAAUUUCCUUGCUACUAAAUAUUCCACGGUCAAGUGUUAGUGGUAUUAUGAUAAAGUGGAAGCAACUGGGAACAACAGCAACUCAACCACAAAGUGGCAGGCCACAUAAAAUAACAGAGCAGGGUCAGCGCAUGCUGAAGCACACAGUGCGCAGAAAAGGGAACUCUUCAGGCAUCAGCAUACCAAGACAUUUUGGGCAAUUUCAUGCUCCCAACUUUGGGAAC